CGUUCUUUUAUGAGUCAACACCUUUACAAGUGCCUUUCAACAGUACCCRCAUCUCAAGCACUUAGACUUUCAACAGAAACCCAGAAUGUUGCUUGCCGUUUUCUUACCAUUGAUUGCCCUUGGUGUAGUACAUUCAAWUCCCCUAAAGCGUGAGCUGAAUUUGCGCAUGCCCACUCAAGCUCCAGGUUACAACGGUACAAACGGAGAUCUUCAAACUCUUCAAAUCCAUGGACUAGCAAGUUUYAGACGAGGUGGAGACUCAUUACUAUUAUCCCUACUCAUAAAAGGACAGAAUGGGAUCAUGCCACCACCCAUUAUUGCUCUACCUCCUUCCCCACCAGCACAUCUACCAUCACCACCACCUCCAGCAUCAACUUCGCCGACAACUGCUCCCUCGUCAACACCAUUGGCAUGGGAGAGCACAGGAAGUGCACCAUCCUCCAAUUCAGUAGGUUCGAGUCAGGCAACAAAGAGCCCUACUACAGGUCCACUACCAACGUCUGCAUCUCCAUCUUCUAAACAAGRCGAAAUGUCUACAGAAUUUCAAGACUAUGAAGAAGAAGGGUUAAAGCUGCAUAACAAAUUCAGAAAAGUACACCAAAGCCGUACGAUGGCACUUGAUGAAGAACUUUGCAGGAAAGCGCAAGCUUGGGCAGAUCAUCUUGCACAAACUGGAGAAUUUAAGCAUUCAAGUAGAGAAGAAAGAAAUGGUGAAGGUGAGAAUCUUUCUUUUGGAUGCUCAACUAAUAAUGCACAAACAGUGACGCAAGCCGUGACCAACUGGUACAACGAGAUAUGUACUCCAGGUUAUUACUUCAAUACUGGUGGAUAUUCAGGAGGUACUGGACACUUUACACAAGUCGUUUGGAACGAAAGCAAUAAGCUAGGAAUUGGACAUGCUCUUACUACUAAAAAUGGCAUGAAAUGUUCGUAUACUGUUGCACGCUAUAAACCAGCUGGGAAUAUGGCGGGGCAAUUCGGAAAUAAUGUSAGAAAAGGAAGCUUUGACAGGAAUGCGUAUUGCAGCACCAUCAACGAUUCRCCGUCRUCUCAUAGRAUCAGAAGCCAAGAGUCCCAUUCAAAGAUUAUGUAGAAACGAGAGAUGCAGCUUGGACAUAGAUACUUGACGUUUUUUCUAUUGCGCAUGACAAAUAUUUUUUCCUGUGGACCUAGUGAAAAUAUGUACCUUUACAGCCCUUCUCCUGAAUUAGUGUUGCAGCAACGAUUAUGGAUUUCACGGUUGGAAAAAAAAAGCAGCAGCACUGGUUUCAAGUGAACUGGUUGGUCAAAAAAAAAGAAUUGUUUGGUCUAGCUAAAUGUUUAUUUGCAAAGUGUGUUAUUAAUGUCAURUUCACGUAAAGAUACCGAGCAUUUGUGUCCGAGAUUGUACAAUAAAGAAAGGGGAAGGUU